AUGACUACCCGCUACUGGGACGAAGACACCUCUGGGGAGGUUCACCUCGUUCAUUCUUCUCAAGCUGGCGAUCGUUCUCGCUCUUCUGGCUAUGAUUCCGACUCAUCCGACGGCUCCAAUAACUCGAUGACCACUAUUGGUUCCGAUGAAGCAGGAGAUUACUUCCGUGAAAUUCAUGGUCGUCGUUUCCCCGUCGCGGACAAUCUUCCUCUGGCUCUCCCCGUGGACAAUGAGGAGCUCCUUCGCUUCGACCUUCGCCAUGCAAGUAUUAAACUGCUCAUGGGCGGAAACCAAUGGACUCCCAUCGUAGAGGCACUCGCCCCCGUUCGUGGUCGUCGGAGACGGGUACUUGACAUAUGCACCAGGUCUGGGACAUGGGUCAAAGAGCUUGCGUCUGAGCGACCUGAUGUGGACUUUGUGAGCGUGGAUAUCGCACCAGUUGCUCCGCACACUCCGAGCGCGAACAUAGAGUUUGAAGUGUACAACGUUUUGGAAGGAAUCCAUGCCCAGGAUGCAAGUUUCGACCUGGUGUAUUGUAGUUCUACUAUGACGACGUUCCGAGACUAUCGAGCCUUUCUUCCAGAAAUACGCCGUGUCCUUCGCCCAGGGGGGCUAUUCCUUUUCUGUGAGACCGAACUCGAAGUUUACGAUGCAUCCGAUCCGCAACUUGUUCGACCAGCCAACAAUGCUCCCGGGCUAACGCGUUUCGCCAGGCUCGCCCGUCGUGAACUGGAACGUCAGGGCGUUUCCGCUCGUGCGCCUACUCAAAUGUCCGCGUGGCUCGACGCAAAUAGUGGAUUUCAUCCACCGACGCACGAAAUGAGAGCGAUACCCAACGGAGCCUGGCAUCCGCACGCUCUCAUGCAUGACGUUGGCUUGAUGGCCGCGCGAGUUUGGAAAGCAACGACAUUUAGUCUCCGCCCGAUGCUACUCUCUUUCGGAACCUCGCUCCAAGAUUGCGAAGCUCUUACUCAAGCGGUGCUGCGGGACCUUCAAAACCCUGACAUUCAGACAAUCACCAAAUUUCACAUGGUGUGGGCACGCCGCAACUAA